GAAGCCGAGUCGACGAUAACUGAUUGCAAGGCUGGUACGCCCCCACAGGAAUACAAUAUGUCGAGUAUUGAGAUCCAAGAAGCGUCCAUCACCCACGGCUCAGCAGUGGAGAAAUUUAUAAGACAUUACGAGGAGAAUAUUGAAGGGCGGCGGAACAGCUGGAGUGGUGGUUACAAAGCACCCAAAUUUCCAGAAGACGCGUUAUCUCCAGAUGAUCUAAUAUGCUUCGCUAGCAGUGGUAAUACUGUUGGCUGGCAUGGACCUCCUCAUCAAAGACAAGAUACAUUGAGUCCUAAAAACCGAAAUGAAUGUAUUGGUAUCCCCGAAUGUUCGGAAACAAUACCCAUCGGAAAAAUCGUGGGCUGGCUUAAAGGCACUGAACCAGAAAGAUACGAGGAUCCUGAGCUUGUCAGUCCUUUCACAGACUGGCAAUCUCCCAGGUCUGGCCAGCUCAAUUUGCCAACUCCUCAGUCUGCUACCACAUUCAAUCACCUAGAAACAAUUCAAGAGAUGAAAUCUAGUCCGCAAAAGUCUGCCAACACUAUUGCAUCGCAUCACUUGAGAAACACAUCUACGCCUUUUGGAAAAUCAUCCUCAACAUCAAACCCACUCAAAGGAGCUUUCGUUCAUGUCACCAGGCCAACUCGCAUCCUCUCGCCUCCGCCUGAACACAAGCUUAAGAGAAAGGACGUAAACAUCCAUCCCAGACUGACCGACGUGCAGAUUUCCCAAGUUACCAACAUGUUCUCUACACAGGAGAAGGGAAGUCCUGAAAAGGAACCAGACCAAGCAAAAUAUGCACCAGGAUUUGAGCCUCUACAGCCCAAUCCGCAUCAGAGGAACGCAAUCAAUAACUCACGCGGCCUUACGCACGCGAAAAACGACAGCACGUCGUCGCAAUUGCGGCCUCAGCGAGAAAAUGAGAAUAAUUCCAUCCAGGGGCGUGGACGACCCCAACACAAGUUUGAUUUCAAUGUCCAGUUUGGAGCUAGUGAGGAUCCAUCCACUGCUUCUCAGGGCAAGGAAGACCAGAAACGACAAGAGAACCACGGUCGAGGCCACGCGCGACAGGAGAGCCACAUCACCACUUUCUCCGACCUGAUCAGACAUGGUGGUCGAUCCCCAUCUCCCAAGAAGGCGCGAUCCAGAUCGCCUCAAAAAGCACCAUCAAAGCCUGCUCUCCCACCUUCUCGCGAGUCACGAGAAAAGCGACGCCCUACACCCCUGGAUCUCAGUGAUGCUCGCAGAUAUGGGGAAAUGGUGACCCAACGCAAGCAGGUCCAAGCUGUUCAUGUUCCCAUGACUCCAGCAGAGGCAGAGCUCAGGAGUGUCAAUGAAGACGGAUCAUCUUCGGUGUACACGGAUGAGACUCCCCGCAAUCCUCGUGACGGAACCCCUUCCAUCAGCCCUCUUCAUAUCAUCAAGCGGUCGAACCCAGGCAAGCGCGUCAAUGUUCUGAAGGCAUACAAACAUUGGAAGGAAAACAAUACACCUGUGACUGCCACUUCGGGUGGUCCUGCUCGUUCCACGAGCGUCAUUGACCGUCGCGACAAGCAAGUUCAAUUGCCCGAUUCGGUCUAUGUCCCGCCACCAGACACGCAGCGUUCCCAAAGCUUCCAAGGGAUUCCUAAGUCUGCCACCAUGAACGACAUCGUGGCCGAACCGCAGGUGACGCCUUUCACCCCGCUGACCCCCUGGAUCAUGGGUGAUGACAGACACACCAGAAAAGCAUCCAAGACACUGUUUGGUGACCAUGGCUGGCUUCAUGACACUGCUAUCGGAGGGAGCAAGACAGAGCACCAGAAGCCUACACGAUUCAUCGACGGCAUCAAGAAGUAUGCCCGUGAGCUUGCUGAGAAGGCAGAUUUCAAGCCCGCCAGAUCAAGAAGUCGAGCCGCCGUUGAACGCGUCAACAUCUCUUUGGACCCCCGUGAGCAAAGCUUGCUUUACUGCGAGCUCGAGUUCAUCUUGAGCAAUGCCAUCGAUUCCUACAUCAAGGCUCAACUGAACGGCGGCCGUCUCGACCCCAACAAGCUCAAGAAAAUCGCCGAUAACUGGGCGCAGCAUGGCCGUCCCAAGGUCAUCGGCUUCCGCUAUGACCUCGAGACCCAAAUUGACCUCAUCGCGCUCCACGCCGACAUGUUCCGAUUCACAACCAGCUACCAGAUCAACGAUGUCGUCGUCGCGGGCCUGCUCCACGCCAUGAAGAUGAACGCCCGUGCCAUGCGCGUGCGCACCCUCUGCCAGCCCGACCCCGUCAUCGCGAAGCAGAUCCUCGACGCCCAGGCACUCCUCCAGCUCAUCGACAGCCCUGAUGCGCUGCACAUCUCGCUCGCGGAAGUGUCGCAGUUCUUCAAGGUUAUCAUUGAACGCGAGAAGGCCAUUCGGGAGCAGAAGUCGUCGCGGACUACCUCAUACGCUAAGAGUACCAACCAUAGCAAGAGCGAGGUCGCAAAGGACGACCCGAGCUAUGGCAUGAAGGCCGUUCCACAUGAGUAUGUUGCUCCUCAAGAGAAGUGGGCGUACAAGAAUUAGAUCGUGUCCUCAUCUUCUCUUGCGGGCAUUUCCAGAUUGCUUUUGAGCCUGGCUUGUCGGCAAUCUUUCCUCGUAGACAUCGGCAUGCUUGCUAUACUCUAUGUCCAGAUAUAUACCUGGGUGCUGUGGCUAAGCGGUCAUAGUCCGGUAUGGGUAACCUCUCACAUUGCAUUUCCUUUCA